AUGGCUGAGGCGAUGUUGGUUUGCGACUGGGUGAGGCGUUUGGGGUUGGUUGUGGGUGUGAUGGCUCUGUUUCAGAUAUGGGUUGUGCGAUGGGUUCGGGUUUGCAGAGAUGGGUUGUGCAAUGGGGAUUGCAGAGAUGGGUUGUGCGAUGGCUCUGUUUCAAAGGGGAUGGGGUGUGCUUGUUGUAAAUCUGAUGGAGUGUGCGAUUGGGUGUGUCUGCAAGAGGAGGGAGUUUUCGAUGGGGUGGGGCUUGAUAUGGGAUGGGGUGGGGUUUGA